AUGGCCUGCUGCCUGGAGUCUGCACUGCCGCUGCUGCUACUACUGCUGCUGGGGUCUGCGAGCUCCACCGACGGGAAUCGCUGCGUGGACGCGGCGGAGGCGUGCACAGCAGACGAGCAGUGCCAGCAGCUACGCUCUGAGUACGUGGCACGAUGCCUGGGUCGGGCAGAGCCGGGAGGAACCGGGGGCUGCGUGCGCUCCCGCUGCCGCCGUGCCCUGCGCCGCUUCUUCGCCCGCGGGCCUCCGGCGCUCACCCAUGCGCUGCUCUUCUGCGGAUGUGAAGGCCCAGCGUGCGCCGAGCGCCGGCGCCAGACUUUCGCGCCCGCCUGCGCGUUCUCGGGCCCCGGGCCGGUGCUGCCCUCCUGCCUGAAGCCCCUGGACCGCUGCGAGCGCAGCCGCCUGUGCCGGCCCCGUCUCCUUGCCUUCCAGGCCUCGUGCGCUCCGGUGCCCGGCUCCCGCGCCCGCUGCUCGGAGGACGGGGGCCUGCGUUGUCUGCGCGCCUACGCAGGCCUCGUAGGCACCGUGGUCACCCCCAACUACCUGGACAACGUGAGCGCGCGCGUCGCGCCCUGGUGUGGUUGUGAGGCCAGCGGAAACCGGCGCGAAGAGUGCGAAGCCUUCCGCAAGCUCUUUACAGGGAACCCCUGCUUGGAUGGUGCCAUACAAGCCUUUGAAAGCUUGCAGCCAUCAAUUCUGCAGGACCAGCAGAACCCCUACCAGAAUGCUGGGUGCUGUUUCCCACGGGUAGGUAUGGGGGGAGGACGGGGAGUUGACAGUCUCUGCAUCCCUCUUGUCUGUACUUACCCUUCCCAGGCAGGCCACGGUGAGGGGCCUGAGUGGCCUGAGAAGAGAUGGAGGCAGAAACGGUCUCCAUUUUGUCCUCACUCUCAAGGUGUCCUCCAUGUCCUCGAUGUCCGCACUCACUGUCCUGGCUCUCCAGGUUCUGCUCUGAUUAGGAAGGUGAACCGUGGCCAACACAGUUGACUGUCAUGUUUCCAGAUUACUGAUCACUGAGCUGAAACUCCCUUGCCCUCAGGUCUGCUGUCCUUUGCAGGUCUGAAACCCUGUGAGGCUGUCCCCUGGAUUGAGGGCCGGAGGCUAGGGUCUGACUGAAAAGCCUGUGUUCCCCUGUCAGUAGGCAUCUUGUGUGUUUUCUUCACCGUCCUUGAGAUAAGCACCUGUAGAUGAGGCCUCACUGGGCCCCUUGGGCUCACAGAGCAGGACGAGGCUAGUCUCUGCUCCUAGAAUUUGGAGCUAUCCUUUUCCAAGAAGACACGGCACUAAGGAGGUCAUGUGAACAGACUGACAGACAAGACUGCCUAAACACCCUCCCAGUUAGCCAUUACUCACCUUUAAGGCUACCCGUGCCCCAGGACCAGCACUGACGUUGCUUGUUACCUAUGCCAUGGUGUUGUGUAGAUAUUAAAGAGAGACUCAGGACCCUCCUGCUCAGCAUCCACUGGCUUCCCAGCCUCUCCCUGCUUUGGUUUCUCCAGCACCUGCAGUGGCUCAAUAAACCCAUGUGCACUGAGACCAACCUGGUUUUCUGUCAUCUGACCUGGAAAUGUGGAGACCCCUGUGGCCUUGGAUACCUCCAGAACUACUCCUGAGUCUGAAAACCUGAGAAUGAAUAUACCCAUCUCUGGAGCAGCAGCCAGCAACUGAGAUUGAGGGCAGGUGUUGCAGUUUCUUUGCAAACUCAAAGAUGGUGUUUGCUGGCAUUAUCAGCGAGCUCUGGGCUUUUGCCAGGUCUUGCCUAACUAACAGACAGGCCAUACUGGGUUGAGGAAAUGCCUGAACAAACUGGGCUGAAGCACAUCUGACUCCAGGGUUCAAAAGAUCUUGUGAUGGUCAGUCUUCACAUAGCUGCUCGAAGGCUAGAAAAGGCCCUACUGAAGGGUAAGAAAGGGUGCCACCAUCUGGAGCUUUACAUUCUCUCAGCAUCUCAGCAGAGAUCGCUGCGAGAAAGGCACGCCUCCUUUCCAGCAUUCAUGGAUGAUAUGCUAGUGGCCCAGUGUGGGUCAUGGAUCUUUUGCUGAGGAAAGUCACAGCCAGCAGGUCACCUGGUGUAGGAGGGAUGGUUUCUCAGAGGAGGUAUUGAGCAGAGUGAGAGUGAAGCUGGGUCCACACUUCCCAUUUCACAAAGAGAAUUCCCUUCCCCACCUGCAUGGGACCGGACACCUGUGCACGUGUGGGUGGGGAGAGGCAGGGUGUGUUGGGGCCAGGGAGCAAUGAAAGCAUCACUCUUCCCUGCUUACUACAACUACAAAGUGGCUCCAACACAGGAUGAACUCUGCUGAUUUCCUUAUGUGAGUGUGCUCAACUCCACUGCUUGUUUGACUGAUAUUUAGCAUAAAAUGUAGACAUUAAAAUGUACGUAUUGCCU